AGCGCCCAUAUUGAAUUCGCGCACUGCCGUCAUACAGACACACACACACAAGUUUGCAGGUCCUGGCGGCUUGCUGCACAACACAACGGAAUAAUUUAGUUCGUGGGACGACUACAGAAACGACGCACGCAAGUUGGGUCGUUCGGAACAACGUUUUGGCAAUUCCUUCGCUGUUGCAACCGCAGGGAGAAAAGUUUUGUUCGUUGCGAGAAAACUGCCUGCAAGUAGGCAUUUCGGUGUGUGACGAAACUUCAUCAUGAUUUACUGUUCGGAUAGUUGUGAGUCGCUGUGCAUCUCGUUCGAGUUUGUGAUAACUGAUAAGCAAUAGUCAAAAAGUGUCCGAGAAGUGAUAAGUUGUGAAGUUGAAUUGGAACGGGGGAUAAUAUUUUUUGCAGCAAUGGUCUCAUAAUGUGACUCGAAGGGUAGAAGUAGGAGGUUGCGCGACGGUAACUAAAUAAUCAAGAUACAACUACCAGUGCAGUUUCACUCGAGCGGUAAGACAAAACAUUCCGCGGGCAAGGAAAACGGCGAGCCAGUGCAAUAAAUACAAAUGAGUACAUCAAAACUUCGUGGAAAAUCGGCAGUUCAUAUCAAUGAUAGUGUAAUCAGUACCAAUACCAGCAGCUCGCACAACUCUUUGCUCAAAAUUGAAUCUGUUGUGCCAAAGCUUACCGCUCGCAUCAGUAAUACUAAUAACUUGAGUCACUCGAAUAGGCUGAAAACGUUUCAUCGAUCACAUAGCACGCUAGGGACUGCCUAUUUGAAGAAAGCAGGCGAGAAACGGCUAUUCGUUCCACGCGAAGCCGUGAAUGAUCAAGUCGGCGAAUCACCCAAGAACCAACAGCAUCCCAACCAUAGUGAACCACAACCCGAUGGUUCGGUUUUAAUUCAAAAUGGAAUUACCACGAUAAGACGAUCGGAAAGAGAUCGCGAAAAACAUCCGGACAGAGUAAACCUUGAUCGAAAAGGUCUCGGAUCGAUUCCAAUCAUCGACGAUGAGCCUAACCUGCGGUUGCUCUCACUGCAACAUAAUCUCAUCAAUACCUUCCAUAUACCUGCCGAAACGGAUUCAAACAACAAUGAAACUAAACAGACAGCUUCAGUUAACCAAAACCAAACAAAAUCAACUGCACCGAUGGUGCCGACGAAUUCCCCGAGUAACGCCCCUAAGGAAGGCUCUUCUGCAAAUCCCACUACUGUCACUGCUACUGCAAACAGCUCUCCGUUUGCAGCCAGCCAUAAUCUAAAGCAAUUCCUUCGUCAAAAAUCAACGUCUCGAAAUCAGCUGUACAUGAACAGCAACAACAUCAACUAUCUCUCUAGUAAAGUUACCUUAGGCGCCAAGCCAGUCAAUGGCCUCACAUCCGCCAGCAGCGGUCAAUCUCCUACAAGUGCCACAAGCCCAACAAGCACGUUCCUGCAAAAGCCAUCCUCAAUUCUACUGAGUGCUCAACACCGAAAUCUACUGAAAAGGUCCAACAGUUUCAUCAGUAAUGCAACAUUGUUUCCUGUUCCACCCGCGCACCAGCAGCAACUGCAGCAGCAAACCGCAAGCAAUGCCACAAAGCUGAAAAAUAAACUACAACUACUAACGCCUUCCUUUAGCAUCGAUAACCUAAAUAGUGUAAACGAGGUGAAUGCAACCCACCACGAUGCCACCAGCAAUGGCAACAGUAAUAACAACAGCGGAAAAACCACCCCCACCAACCCACCGGUGGCGCUUAACGGUGUCAAUCACUUCAUCAACCCCCAAAGCCACAUCUCCCCGAUUCUAUCGGCCGCGGAGCCGCGCUACAAUUUGCAAAAUCUAGUCUUUCUAGAUCUGUACGACAACCAAAUUGAGAAAAUUUCCUGCCUGGAUGGGUUGAAAUGCUUAACGGUGCUUUUGCUGGGCAAAAAUCGCAUCACCGAAAUCGGCGGUCUCGCUUCGCUGCGGCAGACUCUGCGUGUGCUGGAUCUCCACGGCAACAAAAUAAGCAAUAUCGCAUCGAAAAUUAACCAAUUACAAGAGCUGAAAUCUCUGAACCUAGCCGGAAAUCAACUACGGCAGAUCUACGCUCAAGACUUCAAUGGGUUGGUCAAUCUGAAGGAGCUUAAUCUGAAACGAAACCGCAUCAAAAAGAUCAACGGCUUCGAUGAUCUACGUAACCUGGAGCGGCUCUGGCUCUGCCACAACGACCUCCAGUGCGUCGAGGAUAUGUCAGCGAUCGCGAAGGCUAUCAACCUCAAGGAGGUAACCAUAGAGAACAACCCAGUGUCGCUAGCGGGAGACUGCGUUUCUUUCCUGGUCAGCUAUCUACCCGGACUGGUGUCACUCAGUCAGAUGCAGAUAACCGAACAAGUUCGACGGGCAGCAUCCGCAUGGCGAAAAAAUAAGGAACUGUCGGACCUGAACUACACCAAUCUUUCCACCGACGUUUGCCAGAGCAUUCGACGGGAGGAGAUAAUUUCUAACGCGAGAACCAACUGGGAACUGCUCAGAUCUCAGCAGACGAUUGCUUGCCGAAACGUGCAACGAAAUACGAACAACGGACAAACCACGGCCAACAAAAACAUUGACGUGGAGCCAGCUGCUAGUGUGAUUGAAGGUAACAGUAAAACUAAUACUAAGCCCAAGAAACCUACUACCAAUACAAACGGAACAAAUGGCACGAGCGGUCAGCGGCCAUCUCGAGCCGCUAAGAAAACACAAAAUCGCAAAAUCGUGCGAUCAUCAUCACAAGACAAUUCUGGAUCGCAGAUUUCCGAGCAAGGAGGCGAAGAAUACUUUCGACUGCCUCCAAUUCUUGCACCAUUUCUCGAACAAAAUCCUGUGACCGGAGCCCAAAGCAACAAAAUAGAAUCCUCCGAAUCCAGUACCUGCUUGCACCCAGAUUCCAGUAUUUCUAGUGCCUUCAGUUCAGACAAUGAGGAACUAAACUUGAAAGAUACCGACAAGGGUCCAGCAAUUGAAGCCGGCUCAAUCGAACCCUUAACAACACCGACAAAAGUACCCGACUCGUCUCCCUCGAACACCAUCAAUGAAGAGUCAAAAACCAUCAACAUAACAGCACCAGCCGAACUCCCAGUUGCACCAACAAAUCCCCCCGACGAACCAGGCAACGACAAAAUGUCCAACCUUUCCACCGUAUCCUCGAAGACAACAUCCGAUUCCAAUGGCACAACAACCUCGGACGAUCGGCCGGCUCCACCGUCAUCAACAAAACAGCGAAGCACCGUGGUACCGGUCAAACGCUACGGCAUUGGUACCCUGGUUCGUACGAACACCGCCCGCAGUUCGAUCAUCAAUAACGCCAACAGCCUAGCGAACACAUCAAACCUUGCAACCACAUCGAGCCUAGCCAACCCGAGUAUCCCCACUCCAAGUUCCUCCACAAGCGGUCCCAGUGUUUCCGGGAGUGCGGUAGCAAACGCUACCUUCACACCAACAACCAAAUCGAAGGUAACCGAACGAGAACGUGAACAGGGCGGCGACUAUCUUAUCGAAAUAUGCGGUCGAUAUCUAAACGUGUACGGAAUGGGGGCCCUGCGGUUCAUAGACAAACAGUGGAACACGGCGAAAGCCGGCGACGUACACACCGUCAAGUUCAGCUACAUCAACUUCAACAACAUCACAGCGAUUCUUUGUAGAAUAAAAAUUCGUUUCGUGAACGCCGAAAACUUCAUCUUCCGUGAGACGAACAUAUCCUGUCUGGGACAGAUCAACGCACUUGCCGAGAGUCAAGGAAUUGCAUCGUUGACCAUCGACCCAGAGGGUAACCCAAUAGCCAGCAAACCGUGGCGCAAUUAUGCCAUCUAUCGACUUUCGCACUGGGGUCUAAAACAAAUCAAUGGUACCGAGAUUGCCGAAGAGGAGGUACGAGCAGCGGAAGACAUGUACUCGGGUCUUUCCGAUCUAGUGCUGUGGUCCUUACCCGAAGGAUUACUGCAGCCACUGCUUCAGCGUCUGCGAUUGGAGGAAACUGCUCAUGCCACAAAAAUGACCGCCAAGGAGUGGUUGAUGCAAGCCGAUACCUCCCUGAAAAACAUCGUCGGCAAGGAGGCGCUACAGUGGAAAAAACACAGCACCAACCCGGAUGAUACAAUUAUGCGUGCCAAGGGUAAAGCGUACUUCGCACGGAUGCUCGACAACACCUGCAACGCAGUCGAUAAACUCCAGCAGUUGGAAAAUAUGUGGCCAACGCUGCUGGUAGAAAUGAUCCGUAACACCUUGAUAGAUUACUCGCAAAUCGACGUCUACGUGCGAACUAUGCUACAGGAACUGCUAAAAUGAUGCGAUGCCGCUGGAACAUGCCAUUCCAGCGCUUCAUCCGCUACAACAACGACCAGCAAAAGAGUCCUAGUCCUAAGACGAAUCAAGCAACAACGCUUCGACAGAAAGUAACAAUUUUCCCGCACAUCUGUGUUCAACCCUAAGUAUAUCAAUUUUUCUAGAAGCUUCCACACUAGGAGUUCAGCAUUGAAAACUCAAUUAUACAGUCCGUAGUCAAUUUUGUUUACAUCCGUUGUCCAACAACGACAACCGUAGCAAAGCCUAGCGAAUCAAUUUGAACCUAAGCUGUACUUUUUCUAAUAAAAUUGUAGAGGCAAUUUUCAACACGGUUAGUUCAGUUUACUAUACAUUUGUUAAUAACAUACGGAAAAGAAGCAGACAAAUACAGAAUGAUAACCUAUUCCGGAAGGGAAACGCGCAAUAAAUCAAAUAAAGUAAAGAUUGACAUUCAA